GCGCUCGGUUGCGGCGCUGUUGCCUGUGGUCGGGACGCGGAGGCGGCGCGUCGGUAUCGCGCCUCGUCCCUCUGCGCCUCCGCCGGUGGCUGCGUCGGCGUCACAGCUGUGCCCACAUCCCGCCCCGCGCGGACCGCUUGUAGCCGCUUCUCGGGCCGGAGGAUGCCCAGGAAGCUGCUGCUACUGCCCCAGCUGUCCGCGUGCUCCGCUCUGCGCGUCCCGCGGGCCCGGCCCGCCGCCUCGCCGGCCAUGAACGCCGCCCGCACUGGCUACCGAGUCUUUUCGGCCAACUCCACGGCCGCCUGCACGGAGCUGGCCAAGCGCAUCACUGAGCGUCUUGGUGCUGAAUUGGGGAAAUCUGUUGUUUAUCAGGAGACCAAUGGAGAAACCAGAGUUGAAAUCAAAGAGUCUGUUCGUGGCCAAGAUAUUUUCAUUAUACAAACCAUACCCAGAGAUGUGAAUACGGCCGUGAUGGAGCUGCUGAUCAUGGCGUACGCCCUGAAGACUGCCUGUGCCAGGAAUAUCAUCGGUGUCAUCCCCUACUUCCCCUACAGCAAACAAAGCAAGAUGAGGAAGAGGGGCUCCAUUGUGUGCAAGCUCCUGGCAUCCAUGCUGGCAAAAGCUGGUCUAACUCACAUUAUCACUAUGGAUCUUCACCAAAAGGAAAUACAAGGCUUUUUCUGCUUCCCCGUGGACAACCUUAGAGCCUCACCUUUCCUGCUCCAGUAUAUCCAGGAAGAAAUUCCAAAUUACAGAAAUGCAGUCAUUGUAGCUAAGUCUCCUGAUGCUGCAAAAAGGGCUCAGUCCUAUGCAGAGAGACUACGCCUGGGCCUGGCUGUGAUCCACGGAGAAGCUCAGUGCACAGAGCUAGACAUGGAUGACGGUCGACACUCACCCCCCAUGGUCAAGAACGCCACUGUGCACCCCGGCCUGGAGCUACCCUUGAUGAUGGCCAAAGAGAAGCCACCAAUAACAGUGGUCGGAGACGUCGGGGGACGCAUUGCAAUCAUAGUGGAUGACAUCAUUGAUGAUGUGGAGAGCUUUGUUGCUGCUGCAGAGACCCUGAAAGAGAGAGGUGCUUACAAGAUCUAUGUCAUGGCCACGCACGGCAUCCUGUCUGCUGAAGCUCCCCGUCUGAUCGAGGAGUCCCCCAUUGAUGAGGUGGUGGUGACGAACACUGUCCCUCACGAGCUUCAGAAACUACAGUGUCCCAAGAUAAAGACUGUGGACAUCAGCUUGAUUCUUUCUGAGGCGAUUCGGAGAAUCCAUAAUGGCGAAUCCAUGGCUUACCUCUUCCGGAACAUCACAGUGGAUGAUUAGCUCCGAGCUGCCUUGACCUGCAGGGGAGCACACAGCAGUGUCAGCCGGCAGACAGGCUGCCGAGUCCCUUCUCCCCCAUCAGCAGAAUGCAGCCUAUUUGGGAAUACGUCCUGCGGAAGAGGCAGGCUCUGUCACAGCAGGCAUCCAGUUGUAGACUGAGUCCCCACGCUGGUUUGUUCACUAGUGUCUGCUCUGGGGAAGGCAGGUGAGGCGUUGAGCUUGGUCAGGGAGCUGAGUGGCCCUGGCACUGAUGCGUGCAGUUGUACCAUUGGACAUGAAGGGUCCCCGGCUGCUUUCACGGAGCUCGUCAGAUGAGAGCGGAGCAGCCUGUCCCUCAGAACUGUGUUGCUGCAAAUAAAAGUUUCUUAUCUCCCUA